AUGAAAUUCAUUGAAUACCUCAAAGAAGCAGGUUGGGCUGAUGGUGGGCGUGUAAUAGCAUGCACCCAGCCAAGAAGACUGGCUGUCCAGUCAGUUGCUUCAAGGGUGGCUGAAGAGAUGGGGGUCAAGCUUGGAGAGGAAGUUGGCUACACUAUACGAUUCGAAGAUGUUACAAAUACAGGUGUUACUAUGAUAAAGUUUUUGACUGAUGGUGUGUUACUCAGGGAAAUGAUGAAUGAUCCUCUUUUGACAAAAUAUAGUGUCAUAAUGAUAGAUGAGGCUCAUGAAAGGUCUAUCUCAACUGACAUUUUAUUGGGUCUCCUAAAAAAGAUCCAACGACGCCGACCUGAGCUGCGUCUGAUCAUCUCAUCCGCCACAAUUCAAGCAAAAUCAAUGUCUGCUUUCUUUCAGACCAGCAAAAGGCGUCGCAGACCGGAAGGAGAGGAGCUUGGACCAAAUAUGGAGCCUGCUGUCCUAUCAGUUGAGGGUAGAGGGUUUAAUGUACAAAUUCAUUAUGUGGAGGAGCCUGUCCCGGACUAUCUUCGGGCUGCUGUUUCAACAGUAUUAUUGAUUCAUGAGAAGGAACCAAUGGGAGAUAUUCUGGUAUUUCUUACUGGUCAAGAUGAUAUUGAUGCUGCUGUCCAGCUGAUUACUGAAGAAGAUCAAAACCGUGGAAGAAAGUCAUCAGGAUUGAUGGUAUUGCCCCUCUACUCAGGACUUCCACGUUCUGAGCAGGAGUUGGUGUUCACUCCUACUCCUAGAGGGAAGAGGAAAGUUGUGAUAUCGACCAAUAUAGCAGAGACAUCCAUAACUUUGGAGGGUGUUGUCUAUGUUGUUGACAGUGGGUUCUCAAAGCAACGUUUCUACAACCCGAUAACAGAUAUUGAAAAUCUGGUAGUGGCGCCAAUAUCCAAGGCAUCUGCUCGACAAAGGACCGGUAGGGCUGGAAGAGUUCGGCCUGGGAAAUGUUACAGGCUAUAUACCGAAGAGUAUUUUGCAAAGGAAAUGUCUGCUGAGGGGAUCCCAGAGAUACAAAGGUCAAAUCUUGUUCCCUGUGUGAUUCAGUUAAAAGCCUUGGGAAUAGAUAAUAUCUUGGGCUUUGAUUGGCCAGCAUCUCCAUCUUCUGAAGCAAUGGUUCGAGCACUUGAAGUGCUUUAUUCACUUGGAGUCCUAGAUGAUGAUGCCAAACUUACUUCACCGACUGGAUUUCAAAUUGCUGAGAUUCCAUUGGAUCCAAUGAUCUCAAAAUGA